AUGGGUCCUCCAGCUCCUAUAAUUUUAGAUGCUCAAGCUAUAAGUGGAAUAACUGGCUCAAUAUCAAUAGCUUGUUGGAUAAUUGUUUUUGCUCCACAAAUUUAUGAAAAUUUUAGAAGAAAGUCCCUGGAAGGAUUAUCUUUAACUUUUAUCAUUUUAUGGUUGGCAGGUGAUGUGUUCAAUGUAUUGGGAGCAGUAUUACAAGGUGUUUUGCCUACAAUGGUCAUUUUAGCCGUAUACUAUACCUUGGCUGAUGUGGUUUUAUUAUGGCAAUGUUUAGUUUAUGGACAUGGUGAGAAAAAACCAGACUUGAUCCAUUUAUCUCCUGCUAAUCCUUUAAACGAAGACGUUUUAGAAGUCGUAUUAUCAAAUGAUGACCAUCACAACCACCAUCAAGAACAACAACAACAACAACGUCGUCAACAAGAACAACAAGUUACUAAUGCAUUUAUCAAUAAUAAUGAUACCACAGAAGACUUAGAAUCAAAUAGCAUUCCAAGCAAUAAUACUAACAACAGCGUAUCCAAAUCAUCACAAUUACAAUCAUUUUUACUUAAUUCAUUAAUGGUUUUCUUAGUUAUUGCAUCAGGAGUUAUUGGAUGGUAUAUUUCUUAUUUAAAAGACUAUAAAAAUGGAAAACACCCAGGUAAAAACCAUGCCAAACAUCCAAAAGAUUUAGUAUUUGAUCCAUUAGCUCAAGUAUUUGGAUGGUUGUGUGCAUUUUUAUAUUUGGGAUCAAGAAUUCCUCAAAUUGUUUUAAAUUAUGAAAGAAAAUCAUGUGACGGGAUUUCAUUUAUGUUUUUCUUAUUUGCAUGUUUAGGUAAUUUAACCUAUGUUAUUUCUAUAUUAUCAAUUGAUAUGAGUUGGAACUAUUUAUGGGUUAAUUCUUCUUGGUUGGCUGGUUCUUUGGGUACUUUGGGAUUGGAUUUCACAAUAUUUGUUCAAUUUUUCUUGUAUAAUGGUGAUAAAGAUGAUGAUUAUUCAGAAAGUGAAUAUUCACAAAGUGAAACUGAACUGGAGUCUUUAUUGAAUUCAAGUAAUAGUGAAAGAAUAUCAUAUGGAACUAAUUAA